AUGCAUCUCUCAAUGGUGUACAAUCGAAAGCAAACGUUGACUGAUGGACAAGGUAUUGUAAUAUCAUCACCGCCUUGUCAGCGAUUAGAACCGAGUCCAUGGUGCAGACCACUCCAGGAACACUUGCCAGGAAUGGUCAUGGAAUUUGUGAUAUGUAUGCCGAGAGCCCGAGCCGUUAUCAACCGAGCCGCACCGUUGCAUACCUUGUUCGAAUUGGCAUCGAAGGAGCGAAAGUCACAGGAGGCUAUCGGUCGCUCGAAUGGUAUGUUCCAAGGCAAGAACAUUCGUAUACUCCAAGACCCCGGCGACAACAUCAAAGCCCGUGGUGGGAAUGAAGGUGACGCUUGCCCGAAACUUCCGAUAUACUCGAUUGGGGCCCUGGAAUCACACCUGCUGGAUCGCCGUUGUUUCGGUGCAGAAGAAGCAAAUACUUCCGUCGAGCGACGAUCAUUGUUGGAUCCCAGGACUGUCAUCCGUUUCAACCCGUUAGUACCAGGUUACCCCCAGCCUACCCUCCUCAAACAACGUAGGCCUAGCUGUCAGCUUAACGCCACUCGUUUCAGAAACAUCUUUUGGUAUAGUAUUGAGUGGUUGACAUGUUGUGUCUGUCCUUAA